GUCGAAAGUAAACAGCGUCACAGUAAGUGUUUGGCGUUGGAAGCAUUCAGAACUCGUCAAGACAAUUUCGUUCUUGCUCAGCUUGUAGCUCUAUUUGCAGCCACAACAUGUUAAAAAAUCUGUCUAUACCUCGACUACAUCUAAUAUCGAUUCAGCUAGUGUUGAUAGGUUGGCUCUAUCAAAUGUUUCACGUAGCGGCUGCGACAGGUUACGAGAUUCAUUCGGACCAUGCAAUCCAGUUCACUAUGGACGAAAUAGUGAGCCAUGAUUCAAGUGUUCAAGUGACGGCAGGGUCCGUGCUGACUCAUAUCACCGUGUAUAAUUACAACGGUGCGAUAUCUGAGGCAGCAAUAGGACGAGUGAGCUUCGAUUCGAGCAAUAUGGAUAAGAUAUGCCAGUGGGACGACACCGUUAGUCAAGCGUCGAGAAGGUACUUCGAGAUAAAUGGUGGUACAGGAAUAAUCACGAUGCGCGAAGGAACACCCGAAGGUAUCUACUUACUACAUUUCAUCGUGACUGAGCGGUUCAACGAUACAUCAAAGUACAAAAUAUCUAAAAAAGUGAAGGUGACGGUUAAGAAAGUCGUGAAGAAGCAUAUCGAUUGCAGUGACUCCAUUCGGUUCCUUAACGUAACUGGUGAGCAGCUCUUGACUAAGGAGAAAGGCAGCAGUACCGCACCAAAGGAACGUUUGGAGAUGAGUAUCGCCAGCGCACUGAAUGUCACUCAGGACAAGGUGGUUAUAUUUUUGUUGUGUUUUGCACUUUUACUUUUAUUAAAACACUUAUAACGUACAUAAUAAAUAAAACAUAA